AUGGCCCCAAAACUGGCAAUCACGGACGUCCUCGCGCUGCCCAACUCCAUAGUCAAGAUCCCACAGCUCGGAUUCGGCGUCUAUCUAUCUCCAGCCGAAAAAUGCGUAGCUUCAUGCCUGGCAGCGUUGAAGGCUGGCUGCAGGCACAUUGAUUCGGCGCAAUACUACGCCAACGAGAAAGAGGUGGGGGAAGCUGUACUUCAAUCAGGCUUCAAACGCUCUGAUGUCUUCAUCACUACGAAGAUCCUGACCGCUGCUGGGAGUGUGGACAAGACCUACGAGAAGUUACUCGAGAGCGUGCGCAAGAUCAAUGGGAAGGAUGGAUAUGUUGAUGUUUUCUUGAUUCAUACGGCAAGCGGGGGUUCGAAAGCCAGGAAGGAGAUGUGGUUGGCGUUGGAGAGACUGUUGGGAGAAGGGAAGACGAGGGCCAUUGGGACGAGCAAUUGGGGGAUUGGGCAUAUUGAGGAAUUGAAGGGAUUUGCGAAGGUGUGGCCGCCGCAUGUUAAUCAGAUUGAGCUACAUGCCUUUUCCCAGCAAAGAGAGAUCGUGGAGUACUGCCAGGAGAACGGGAUUGUGGUUGAAGCAUAUUGCCCUCUUGUCCGGAACCAGAAAGCUAAGGAUCCAACGCUCAACGAGAUUGCGAAAAAGCAUGGGAAACAGACGGGCCAUGUCUUGAUUCGGUAUUGUUUACAGAAGGGCUGGGUGCCGUUGCCGAAAAGUGACAAUCCAGAGCGGAUUAUGGAGAAUGCAAAUGUUUAUGACUUUGAGCUGACCAAUGAGGAGAUGGAGAUCUUGGAUGGACUGGAUCAAGGACAAACGGGUUCGAUAGUACAGGUUGUGAUUAAUUCUUUAUAG